AUGCACCCAACCACCAAACCCCGUCUGGAGUUAUGUGGAGCAGUAUUACUGGCCGAGCUUAUCACUGAUGUUAAAACCGAAUUCGAAAGACUUGAUAUAAAUAUUCAUGAGUUUGACAUUUUCUUGUGGUCUGACUCCAUAGUUGUGAUAUCGUGGAUCAACAGUAAGCAGCCAUUAAAAUCAUAUGUGUCAAAACGGGUAGCGCAAAUUUUAGAUAAUUCCGACAGUGAGCAGUGGUACCACGUUCCCACCGACUGCAAUCCAGCAGACUUAAUCUCCCGUGGUGUAACAGUGUCAAAUCUUCAACAAUGA